CACUGCCUCCUCCUGCGACCUUUUACCUACUUUCCCUCACACUGACAGUCGACAUUUGUGUUGGCGGACGCCGAGCCAGGGAAGCAAGAAAAUCUAAACACAGUAGGUGGUCCUGGAAAAAUGUUGAGGAAUACCUUGACCCGUUUUGUCCGACCAGCCCUGCAGAGAUGCACCUCUUCUGCAGCUUGCCCGGUUGUGAGGUCUUCAGAAAAGGUACUUCAUCCACCACCUGCUUGUCCGACAUUUGUGCAGCUUCGUGGACACCAGACUUUGGGCUCAGCCUCCUUCCCUGUGGCCAGCCACUCUAUGAGACAUGCCCGGGCGUUGGAUGAAGAGCGGCUGGUGGAGGUUGAGUGGGAAGAUGGAGUCCAGAGCCUGUACCCCUUCACAUGGCUAAGAGACAACUGCCAGUGCUCUCUGUGCACACUGAAAUCCGCUCAGGCCCGCAAACUCUUGAUGUCUGAUCUGGACAUCCACACAGGAAUUGAUGUUGUGGAGGUUACCAAUGAUAACAAGGUGUCAAUUGUUUGGCCUGACCAGCACACCAGCAUGUUUGAAGCAGAGUGGCUGAAGAAACGCAGCUUUUCUCAAGAGGCCAGACAAACAAUGCAAGAAGAGCUCUUCUUCAAUGAACGUUAUUACUGGGACAGCAAACUGCAUAUUCCCACCGCCAACUACCAGGAUGUCCUCAACGAUGACAAGGCCGCGCUGGCGUGGCUUGUGGCAUUGAAACGCGUCGGCAUGGUCUACUUGAAGGGGGCUCCGGCACAGCUUGGCCAAGUGGCCAGACUCGCAGAGAGGAUCGGUUAUCUCAGGCUGACGUUCUACGGGCACACAUGGCAGGUCCAGGACAAGUACAUGGCAAACAAUGUGGCCUACACCCCAGGAAGACUCAGCCUCCACACUGACUACCCUGCAUUACACUUUGCACCUGGGGUGCAGUUCCUGCACUGCAUCAACCAAGCCGAGAAAGGCGGGGAGAGCGAGGUGGUCGACGGUUUCCACACGGCCGAGCAGCUGCACAGAGAAGACCCCGAGGCCUUCCACACGCUCACCUCACUCCUUGUGGACUUCACUGACACGGGGACGGACUACUGUGACUUCAUGCUACAGUCCAAGAAGAGCAUCAUCGACGUCAAUGCCCAGGGUCAAGUUGUGAGAAUAAACUACAACAACGCCACCAGAGACUCAGUGCUGGACCUCCCUCUUCAUCAGGUCCAGCCUUUCUACAGAGCGCUCAAGGCCUACGUGAACAUUAUGAACCGACGUGAGAAUGUGGUCACCUACAAGAUGGAGCCAGGCGACAUCAUGACCUUUGACAACUGGCGGCUCCUGCAUGGCAGAAGGAGCUAUGUCAGCAGGCCGGACAGGUUGCGACACCUGGAGGGCGCCUACCUGGACUGGGACGAAGUCAUGUCUCGCCUCCGAAUACUCCGCAAGUCAGUCGACGAGGCAGACGCCACACGAUGAUUAGCCGUGUACACACAGCCAGCUCUUAAAGUUAAAAAGUAGUUUACAGCAUCAGGAUUACAUCAAUGAAGAUUGUGUUCGAUGUUUGCCUCUAGUAGCUGACACUAGUUUGGGCAAAGUGCAAACAUAUCAGACCAGGAACUUUAAACAAUCAUAUAAUAAAAUCCAAGACAAUAUCAAGUCAAUAUGUUUCGGUAAAAGCUUUUCUUUCUACCUUCAGUGCAACAUGCCAAUGCAAAUAUCAAUUAUUUAUGAAAACUGCAGUUUUAACAGAUUGCAAAUGUAUUUUUACAAGUAAACUUUUAAAAGAAUGAGAUUGAAUUGUCUUUAAAGUUCCUUUUUCUCCCAUCUUGUGCCCCACAAUGUUGUCGCCUUCAUGCUUAUUUCUUGUUUGUACACAGAGAGGAAGUCUAAAUGUAAAGUCGCUUUACUUUGGAAGGGACUUAACCUCCAACCUGAAGGUGCACAAACAGAAUGCAUCAUCAGGUGUCCUCAUCUCCAAACAUGUGAGUAACUGUGGCUCAUUUUUGCUUCAUGGUGGUUUCUCAUCUUGGUUUCUGCCAAAACACAACAAAGUAUACAGUGUAGAAAGUAUUUAGCCACCAUUAACUUUAUUGUUUCAUGAUUGUUUCUUCGCAACAAUCAUUUGGACGCAGUAAAAAGUAAAUGAAAGGAAAGGAGCAGGAGUACAGUGGAUCUUGGUGAUUCAGCAUUCACAGUUUUCCUUUAACGUGUUUUUAGCGGCCUGAUAAGGCUCUCUUCGCUGCCUGUCAUCUCCUUAUGCAAAUAAUAAUAACCAUCCAUCCAUCCAUUUUCUGCGCCUCUUGUCCUCACUGGGGUCGCGGGGGUAUGCUGGAGCCUAUCCCAGCUGACUUGGGCGAGAGGCAGGAUUCACCGUGGUCGCCAGCCAAUGGCAAAAUAAUAACAUGACUAAAAUUUUAAACAGUACAGAAUAUUUAGCAAAAGAGAUCUCUCAAGAAGCCUUAAAAUAGAAAUGCAUGCAACAAUCAAAGCAAUUAGUGCAAGAUUUAACUCCACUAUCAUAAUAUAACAACAUUGAGGAAAACAAGCUCAGUCGUUCAGUUUUCAAUGAUUCGUCCAUGACUCGCAUGUACAGUAUAGCUCACGUAGUCGUUCAGUUGGGAAUGAUUCGUUCAUGACUCACAUUUACACUCAUGGCGAAGAUCAGUGAAACACGAUUCUUCGCCGACCGGUGAGUCAAGGUACUGAGACUCUUCUGGAGUACUCGUGAUUCAGCUCGGGCAGGAAGCGGGACAUGAGAGUUGAUUUGAGGCAAGCAGUUAACGGUAUGAUCUGUUAGUUCAUGAUUUGCACAUUUCAACUCUCUUGCCAUCGACCAUGAGCCAAAAUGUAGCCUGCUGGCUAUCAAACAGAUGACAAAUUGCGGUGGAGGUCUGCGGUCAUUACAGUAUUGCUAAAACAACGCGGUGGCCUAAGACGGUUUGUCCUGUGGGAUUUUUACAACCAAACCACCAGUGAGCAAACAAUGAUUACAGUUGACACCAUCAUAACUACUUGCUGUUAGUAUACACAGUCUGCUUUUACCUUUUCCUUUCUGUUGACUUAUUUGUACAGACUGUUGAAUAAGACAAAUGAGUCAGCCACACUAUUUGCAUGGUAGUCUUCUUGUGCCUUUUUCUUCCACUGGUCUUAAUUCAACAUGUGCUGCAUUAUUGUUACUCUUCACAAAACUUCACUGAUUGUCUCUGUACUGUACCUAAAAUAAACCAAAGUUAGUCGUACUUCAUCCAAAGAAUGACAAACCACUCCAGUUUGGACAACUUUAUUAUACAUAUUGCUGAAGCUGUACAUAUUCUCUUUCAUACGUUCUCUUCGCACGACAGCAGCCGGUCAACACAAUGACGAACAUGACCACUCGAAGCACAACGAGCUUUGAACAAGCUUUUCGAUUUGAAUUGAGUGGAGACGAUCCAGGCGUUCUUGUCACAUUCACACAGAGGAGGUGGCUUUUUUUUUUUUAACAGCAGUGGAAUGUCCUACUUAUUCACCUUUACAGUCACGUGACUAAAAUGACAGGCUUGUCGUACCGAUAUUUUUGACUUGGAUGACGAGGACACUGGAGAAAAUGUGACGGGUGACAAGUACUUGUAUUGAUAGUGGUACUACUCAAGUGUAGUAUCACCUUUCUGUAGUCUAUUCACACUUUCAGGAAAUCACUUAUGUCACAAUAUAAAGAAAAAGUUCACCCUGUGAAAGCCAGGUGGGACAGGAAGCUGGCUGGAACUACUUAGUAUUGCACAUGAAGCAAUUCAAUAGUUGAUAUAUUACUUUCUUGGAACUAUACAGCAACAAUUUAUAUAUUAAAUAAAUAUGAUA